CUUGGGAAAACGCGUGCAGCACAACGUACCUACCUGUUCAAAACCGGCGAUACGACCCCGACACUUAUCCAUCCUCGACUCGCUCACCUGUGCUUGGUUUAUAAAGUAGCACCGAUCUUAGAACCACGCAACGGAAUGAACACGCCCUUUGCGCCGCAGGGCUCGGCCUGGUCCGAUCAUCGCACUCCCGAUGGCCGUGUCUAUUACUACAACGCGCUGACCAAGGUCACGCAAUGGACAAAGCCCGAGGAGUUGAUGAGCCCUGCCGAGCGUGCGCUCGCAAAUCAGCCAUGGAAGGAGUACACGGCCGAGGGCGGUCGCAAGUACUGGUACAAUACCGAGACGAAACAGAGCUCGUGGGAGAUGCCCGAUGUCUACAAGCGAGCUCUAGCCGGCGGCGACGGAACCCCAACCACACCAGCAGCACCUGCCACUCCCACCAUUGCUCACGGCGGCGGCCACCAUGGUGGAUUUGGAGGUUCCAAUCAUUAUCGCGAUCAUCGUGAGCCCAUUGGUGAGUCGCGCCAGCUGACCUUCGGCAACAACAUCCAGGCCCAGGCCUUUGUGCCCGCGACCAACGAUCCCGAAUACGCCACCGCCGAGGAAGCCGAAGCAGCCUUCGUUAAGCUGCUCCGCCGUAGCGGCGUCCAGCCGGACUGGACCUGGGAACAGACCGUGCGUGCCAUCGUCAAAGACCCGCAGUUUCGCGCCAUCAAGGAUCCGAGAGACAGGAAGGCUACUUUUGAGAAGUACUGCCACGACGUCAUCGCCCAAGAUAAAGAGCGUGCAAAGGAGAGGCUGACCAAGCUGCGUGCCGAUUUCGCGACUAUGCUCCGGAGCCAUCCCGAGAUCAAGCACUACACGCGCUGGAAGACUGCGCGCCCUAUGAUCGAAGGCGAGACCAUUUUUCGCUCCACCAACGACGAGAACGAGCGUCGCCAGCUGUUCGAGGAUUACAUCGUCGACCUCAAGAAGGCGCACAAGGAGCAGCAGAUCACAAUGAGGAAGAGUGCCAUGGACGGCUUGAUUGAGCUGCUCCCCACGCUGAACCUGGAGCCCUACACGCGUUGGGCUGAGGCACAAGGUACCAUCCAGAGCACUGCUCCCUUCCAGAAUGACGAGAAGUACAAGUCCCUCAGCAAAUACGACGUCUUGACUGUAUUCCAGAACCACGUCAAGGCACUAGAGCGCAAAUACAACGAGUCCAUACAGGAAGAGAAAAACAAGAAGCUUCGCCGUGAGCGCAAGGCCCGUGAUAACUUCAUUGCCCUCCUCUCGGAACUUAGGAAGGAUGGCAAGAUCAAAGCCGGCACCAAGUGGAGUCAAAUCCACCCCCUCAUCGAGGCCGACGAGCGCUACGUGGCUAUGGUUGGUCAGCCCGGUUCUACAGCCAUGGAGCUGUUCUGGGAUGUGGUCGAGGAAGAAGAGAGGGCCCUGAGGAGCACUAGGAAUGAUGUCCUUGAUGUCAUUGAUGACAAACGCUUCGAGGUUACCCCGAAGACUACAUUCCAAGAGUUUGAGUCAGUCCUCAAAGCUGAUCGUCGAACGGCUAACAUUGAACGCGAUAUCAUGGAGCUCAUCUUUGAGCGGAUUCAGAAAAGAUCAUUGAAGCGCUCAGAAGACGAUAGGCAGUCAGACCGGCAGCAGCGUCGCGCUCUUGAAGACCUCCGUUCGCAUAUGAAACGGAUGGAACCCCCUAUCGGCGUGAACGAUACUUAUGAGCAGGUUAGAACCCGGCUUGCUCAUGUGCCCGCUUUCCAGGCCGUAAGCUCCGAUGACGCUCGACGUGGUGCCUUCGAGAAACACAUCCGUCGCCUCCGGGAAAAGGAGGACGAGGCUGAAAAGGAGCGCCAGCGCCGACGCGAGCGCUUAGAUGGCUAUCGUGAUAGAGGUGAGCGAUCUCAUCGCGGCAGUGUACGUUCUGCUAGGAGUCGCAGCCCAGAACACGACACCUACGAGGCUGAGCGUCGCCGGGCCGUGGCCGAACGUGAGCGUAACUACCGCAAGACCAGCGCGGCCGACAUCCUUCUCUCGGAUCGCCGGUCCCCGUCGAUUCGCGAUCGCGACCGCGACCGGGAUCAUGACCGCGAUCGGGAGCGGGAGCGUGAUCGUCGCGACUACCGCGACCGUGACCAUCGGGACCGAGAACGGGACCGUGAGCGAGAGCGAGACAGGGACCGUGACCGCGACCGCGAGAGGGACCGUGACCGUGACCGGGAGCGCGACCGUGACCACCGCGACCAUCGCGAUUACGACCGCCGGCCUCGUGCUGACGACAUUAAUCACUAUGACCGCGAGCGCCGCAGCCGCGAAGAAGACCGUGAGCGCAUCUAUCGCCGCCGGGUUCUAGAGCGCGAUGUCGACGAGCUGCCCUACGGCGAUGAGCGGCCUAGCUCGUCGUACUCGCGUACUCGCCCACGGCCGUCCGAGGAGGAUGACCACGACCGGCGGGACAGGCACGCCGCCAAGCGUGUCAAGCUUGAGGGCGACCGUUCUCCGAGCCGCAAUGCUCGCAGCCCGCCUCCCAAGGAGAAGGAGAGGACGCCUAGCGUCCGCGCAGGGAGCGAGGAGGGUGAGAUUGAGGAGGAUUAACAUCCGACUCGAUCCGCGUACGGCCCUGGCUGCUGCAGCGAUGGCGAUGAUGG